GUGAGUGCUCGGCCUCCGCCGGGUUCCAGCCCCGCGAGCAGGCCCGCGCAUGCGCCAUGGCCGCGGUGGCGGCGAAGCGCGAAGGGCCCCCGUUCAUCAGCGAGCCGGCCGUGCGGGGCAACGCCGCAGUCCUGGACUACUGCCGCACCUCCGUGUCGGCGCUGUCGGGCGCCACGGCCGGCAUCCUGGGCCUCACGGGCCUGUACGGCUUCAUCUUCUACCUGCUCGCGUCCGUCCUGCUCUCGCUGCUGCUCAUCCUCAAGGCGGGGAGGCGCUGGAACAAGUACUUCAAGUCCCGCCGGCCGCUCUUCACCGGCGGGCUCGUGGGCGGCCUCUUCACCUACGUCCUCUUCUGGACCUUCCUCUACGGCAUGGUGCACGUCUACUGAACGGAGCCCGAAGC